GAGUUGAAAGUGAAACGAAACAAGAAAUGGAAGGUGAAUGUGAAACUGAAGGAAGUGACAACCUUGAAGAUAACAAUGAUGAUUGUCCUGACAUCUUAUCUCGAUCUGGAGUUAACAUAAAUGAAGCUGACAAUAGCAUAACAGAAUAUCGUGUCCUGAAUAGUACUACAGAUGUGAACAAAAGAGGACCUACUAUGAUGCAUAAAGUGCACAUGCGACCAUUUGAAAAUCGUGAAGCUAUUAUUUUGAAUGAGUUUGGGCAGCCUAUUAGACCAGUUACAUCUAAAAAAGAUACACUGAGCGAAUUUUCUCGAUUUUUAGAUACAAUUGCUCGUGAUUAUGGUUAUGCGCCAUUGAUAUAUAACUCUUGGCAUUAUGUGACCAACAAAGAAAAGAUGUGGGAGUAUGUUUUGGUAAGUUAAUUGAUAUGGGUUAAUGCACACUAAUAAUCUUUACUAAACUAAAAUUAUCAAAUUCAUAUCUAAUUUUUUUAAAGUUUUUCAGACAAAGUACAUUGUUCCAGAAGAAGGUAAAGAUUGGGUGUUAAAAACCAUCGGUGCUGCAUGGAGAAUACACAAGUGUCGAUUCAAGAAAAAAUACUUCUAUAAGUAUAAGGACAACAAAACCAGAUGGAAGAAUCGACCUAAACGUGUUCCAGAUGAUGAUUUCAAACUA